GGCGAUGAUGGUACGGUUAGGUUGUGGAAGGCUGGGUUCGACGGCGUAUGGCGGCAAAUGUCCGUGAUAUCCGCAGAUGGAUCUAAUGGUGGUGCUCAUCCAUCACACUGAAUCACAUAGAUAAACUUGUUAAUUAGGGCAUCCAUCUUCUUUACCCCAGUAAAAUAUAUCAAUUUGUGUGAUUUGGUAGAGUCUGUCAGCGAGAAAAGAACCAAUAUGGGAAAGGAACAAAAUUUCGACCCCAAUUUUUUUUGUAAGUCCCAUGUGAUCUGGGCCAGUGGGUGUGUGUACUUUAUGAUGGACCGGCUCCGUUCUGGUCCGUGAGUUUUUCUACCCGCUUCUUGCCAUUUAACCCAAUUGCAAAUGGACAUUGCUCCUGUUGUCAAUUCCUACUAUGAGAACUUCUUGGAAUUACUGGCCCAGCUUCUUUCAAGGGCAGUGACUACCAAGGAGCAGGAAGCCAUUCUCAAGGGUCUCAAGGACUUUCAGGAAAAGCUUCGGCGACUCAGCAGUCAAAAUCUUCGCCGUCUGCAGUUGGAAAUAAGUGAGAAAGAAGCUCAGGGUCCCACGUUCUGCAAGCAUGAAGGAAAAACAUGCGCUCAGAACUGUACUCGUGGAUUUAUCAGAGCCUUUGUCAUGUCAUUUGGUAUUAAAUAUCUUGUGGCCAUCCUCCCGGCACUUUUGACCGGAAAGGUGUUUAAAAAGUAAGUGUGUUAGUUGUCUUAACGUAACGAUAAUGUUCUUACACGAUGGCUCCUCAUGAUGUACUAGCAUGCUAAAUUAAUGUCAAUUUUCUUUUUUGCUUUGGUAUCUAUAGACCUGGUCUACUCAGGCAAA